GAGGGAUGCGCCUCCAGCUCAGAAGCCAGUAGUGUGAGAGAUUUGCCUGCAGAGGUAGAGCUGGUUACCCCGGGACAAUGAGAGAUGGCUGAACAGCCCCAUCAGAUCACAGUUCCCCAGCUGUGCUGAUCAGACCCGUCUUGUUCACCCUAUGGAUGAGGCUUUUUUCACUGCGAAAUCUGGGUGCUCUGGAUUCAACCAAACAAAGGGUAUUCUUUGGACACAAGGAUCUGGCUCGCGCUGCAAAAUAUUUUCAGAAAAAUGUGAUUGGUGUGAACAUUAAUUUCAGAGAGUGCAGUAGUGCCUGUUGUGUCGCCAGCCUUGGCUCUUAACGCAUAAGGAAAGUGCAAUCCUCGAUAUCAGUGAGGUGAUCCAGCACCCAAAUGGCAACUAACGCAAAUAUUAUACAGAAUUUCACCUGUGUAUCACUGUGACAAUACCUCACUGGUAGUGCUGAUUAUGGAGCUAGAUACUGAGGACAUGAGGUUCACGAUGUAUCAUUCAUUUCUGAUGACUUUGACUGGCAAUGUAUAACUGGAGCAGCCAUGACCAUUGCUAGGGUGUUGCGUUACUAUCGGAGAUGGCUUCUGUUAUCCUCCAUGGCUCUCAUGUCAGGCCUGGUUAUCCUCAAUACCAUGUUGAACCAGCUUGCCAUGGAAGGGGACGGAACAUUAUCAGAUGUGUUCCAACCCCCAGCUGAUACACAUAUACGUUCCAUCAGAAACUAUGAACAAAAACCACGGGAAAAAUUUAAAAUUCUACAAAUACUUCAACCUGGGAGAGAGUAUGUGAAAGACAAGCUUUCAGUGCAUCAUAACAAUGCUGACAGACUUUUACCACGAAGUCAAUCUGAUCUUGAAAAAAACCUUCUAGAUUCAGAAAGAGGUGAUCGCAACAAGAAUAUUGAUGAAGACGAGGAUGAUGAUUACAAUGACAAAGACGAUGAUUAUAAUAAUGUGUCUGACAAUGAUAAUCCAGAUUUUAAAGCUGGGGAUUUCCCAGGGGUAGUUGACUUCCAAAAACCUCCCUUUCAAUACGAAGAGAUUUCUAAAACAGGACCUCAAAAGGAAGUUGCUGAGCCGUCACUAGAGAACCAACAAUCUCACAGCCAUGCCCACAUUAGACCUGACACUACUGCUGGGUCUAGUCAGCAUCGAAACCCCCUUAAGUCAGUGAAAGGUCCCUACACCCAGGGUGUGUACUGGACAGAUUCAGCAGAGCAAACAGUACCAAAAGGCAAAUCCAAUUCUGAACUCACCAGCCUACUUAAAUACAUACGCAGACAGAGCGUGAAACGUCUUCUUCCGCCAGAGUGGAACAGAUGCGGUCGACCAUUAAACGGAAUAGUUUAUCUGAAGGAUGGCAGUUCCAUGUGUGCUCGGUAUCGUGGUGCUAACAGCAAGUUUAUUCUGGGAGAGGUGAUGUCGUUCUCCCUGUCUCGUUUACUGGGUAUGGAUAAUGUUCCUCCUGUGGUACUGUCCUGGGUCAGUCCGGAAGCGCCCCAGUGGGCAGGCAUUAACUACACCUCCCUCAAGUGGCAGGACAACCAGAUUGUUGCCCUCAUAGACUGGGUGCCAGAUAUCAACCUCCAAGGAUCUCAAGUUUUCAUCCCACCUCUUCUUCACAAAGCCCUCCGAAACAUGUCUGUAGUGACCCCACAUAUAUUAGCCAGCCAGCAUCUUCUACCUAGAGAACUCUCACAGCUCAUACAGUGGGGUGACAUGAUUAUAUUCGAUUACCUUACAGGCAACUAUGACAGAUAUGCCAGUAUGCAAGAUGCUGCUGAGAAGGAUGGCAAGCCCAGCAUCCUGCUUGAACAUGUCCGCAAUCUCAAGAAGUCCACGAAAACUGGGAAACUGUGGCUCAUCGAUAACGAAAGCGGUCUGUUCGAUGCCUACGACUUGUUAUACAUGGACAGAAAGCCGAGGUUUAUACAUUUCCACCGUCAGAUGCUGCAGACAAUGUGCCUGUUUCGCCGUGAUCUGGUGGAAAGGCUGGAGUCACUGAUGAGCACAAAACGACCAGAUAUGGUUCUGUACGAAUACGCACGACAUGAGGAGGCAUUACUGGAGUCCAUUCCCUUGGACACCUCAGACCCUGGUAACACCUACAGUCUAUUCCACAACAAGUUUGCUGACAGACUGCAAGAAGUGCUCCAGUGGGUACAGCAGUGCAAAAGUCAUCUGUGAGAACAAUGCUAAUGGAUUUGAUAGCGAAACACACGAAAGCUCUUAACAAAUGCUUAACCGAAGUGACACGUUUCCCCUCAUUUCAGUGACUUUGAACAUCCUUCUGUGAGUAGACCAUAUUUGCCAUGAAUGAAACUGCCGUGCUGUUUUGAGAGGAAAAUCUGUCGGUACCCGUUUGAAGCAGGAUGAUCUCAAUGGACAUUUGUAUCUCUAGGAGUCCAUGCUCCUGCUGCCAAUAUUCAUGGCUAGUGAUAAAAAUCACUGUUACCAAAUACUAUUCCUGCUGAGUCAGCAACAAUUUCUCCAGCCUUUAACAGUUAGGUUGUAACAGCUGAAUGGUUCAUCAUUCGUAUGUAAAACAUACAAGACAUGGAGUCUGGGUUAAAACUUUUCUAUGUUUAACAUAGAUCUGGUGCUCAAAACCCACUGUUAAAAUUGCUGUAUAUUAUUAUAUAAAUUGACUGAGAUAAUUUAUUGACCUGUAAAUAUGUACAUUUUUGUCCUGU